UUUGGUUGGUCGGCGCUUGCGUCUGCGGGAAGAUGGCGGCGACCAGCGCGGCGCCAGCGGUUGGGGCCGGGUCCACCAGUGCGGAUUUCUCCGACCUGCGCGGGAUCAAGAAGCAGCUGCUGGACGUGGCGGAGCGGAGCCGGGAGCGCGGCCUGCAGCACAGCGGGAAGUGGGCCUCAGAGCUGGCUUUUGCCCUGGACCCUCUGCCCUUUAAUGAGCUGCCUCCUGCACCUGAACUCACAGAGGAAGAUGCUCGUGACUUGGACGCUUACACCCUUGCUAAAUCUUACUUUGAUCUGAAAGAGUAUGACAGGGCUGCUUACUUCCUGCGUGGCUGCAAGAGCCAGAAGGCCUAUUUCCUAUAUAUGUACUCCAGAUACCUGUCAGGUGAAAAAAAGAAGGAUGAUGAGACAGUGGAUAGUCUGGGUCCGUUGGAAAAGGGGCAGGUGAAGAAUGAAGUUCUAAGAGAGCUACGGGUAGAGCUUAGCAAGAAACGCAAAGCCAGAGAGCUGGAUGGAUUUGGCCUUUAUCUGUAUGGAGUUGUGUUGCGAAAGCUGGACCUGGUGAAAGAGGCCAUUGAUGUGUUUGUUGAAGCUACCCAUGUUUUGCCAUUGCACUGGGGAGCCUGGCUGGAGCUUUGUAACUUGAUCACAGACAAAGAAAUGCUGAAGUUCCUGUCCUUGCCAGAUACCUGGAUAAAGGAGUUCUUCCUGGCACACAUCUACACAGAGCUGCAGCUGAUAGAUGAGGCCUUGCAGAAGUACCAGAGUCUUAUUGAUGCAGGAUUUUCGAAGAGCACCUACAUUAUCUCUCAGAUUGCAGUGGCCUAUCACAAUAUCAGAGAUAUUGAUAAAGCUCUGUCCAUCUUCAAUGAACUAAGAAAACAAGACCCUUACAGGAUAGAAAAUAUGGACACCUUCUCUAAUCUGCUGUAUGUCAGGAGCAUGAAGCCUGAACUGAGCUAUUUGGCCCACAACCUAUGUGAGAUUGACAAGUACCGUGUUGAGACCUGCUGUGUGAUUGGGAACUACUAUAGUUUGCGCUCACAGCAUGAAAAAGCAGCUCUCUACUUCCAGAGAGCGUUGAAGCUGAAUCCUCGAUACCUUGGAGCAUGGACCCUCAUGGGACAUGAAUAUAUGGAAAUGAAAAACACAUCAGCAGCUAUUCAGGCAUAUAGACAUGCCAUAGAAGUGAAUAAAAGAGACUACAGAGCAUGGUACGGAUUGGGGCAAACAUAUGAGAUCCUCAAGAUGCCCUUUUACUGUCUCUAUUACUAUCGGCGGGCCCAUCAGCUCAGGCCCAAUGAUUCCCGUAUGCUGGUAGCUCUUGGAGAAUGUUACGAGAAAUUGAAUCAGCUAGUGGAAGCCAAAAAGUGUUAUUGGAGAGCCUAUGCUGUUGGAGAUGUGGAAAAAAUGGCACUGGUGAAACUAGCGAAGCUUCAUGAACAGUUGAAUGAAUCGGAGCAAGCUGCUCAGUGCUAUAUCAAAUACAUACAAGAUAUCUAUUCUUGUGGGGAGAUAGUGGAGCACCUGGAAGUAAGCACUGCCUUCCGCUACCUGGCUCAAUAUUAUUUCAAGUGUAAACUCUGGGAUGAAGCCUCAGCCUGUGCCCAGAAAUGCUGUGCAUUCAAUGACACAAGAGAAGAAGGGAAGGCCCUCUUGCGGCAAAUCUUACAGUUACGAAAUCAAGGGGAGACCUCAUCCACAGAGAUUGCCACACCUUUUUUGCUUCCUUCUUCACUAUCUGCCAAUAACACUCCAACACGCCGUGUGUCACCCCUGAACUUGUCCAAUAUUACACCUUAAAAGUGUGCCUGCCUCUCUGGGCUGAUGUGAACUGCAAAUGUAAUCCAGCUGGAGCCUGGGUUUUUCCUUCUAAUGCUGCCUCUCUAAGGAGAGUUCUGUAUCCGGUGAUGCCUUCCUAGGAGGGCUGAUAACUCAUUGUUGAAGAUAGUUACAUUGUGGGCAUCAAAGGCUGGUGGCGCCAUAUUUCAUAGUGAGUGACUGAAUCCAUUCUACUCCUGUUAUGCCUCUCUUUUCUUGGUGUAAGAAGGGAUUCCAAGGUCACUUUCCUCCAUUGACAUCAUUGGAGUUGCUUCUCUGUCUGUCAUGUUCAUGGCAUUCCUUCGUAAUGGCUUGCUGGCUACCAGCGUGUCAUCUUUUAGGAGAAAUGGUGCUGCCUUGCUCUUAUUUCAUGAUGGAAAGAAUGUCCUUGCAGCAGUUGGACCUUUGUCCUUUUGGUUUUAGUUACUUUUCAAUCAGAAUUGCUGUGUUAGAUUAGCUAGCUGGUAAAAGGAGCCAGUGGAAAGAGCAAAGGGACUGCCAUUUGUCUAGCACAAAUGUAGACAUGGGUGAAAAAUGUAGUAAUUCAUAUCCCAUCAUUUCUCUUACUAAUGCAGCAGCCGAUGCUGUUGUGUAGCCUGGUAACAAGGAAGUGGUGGAACUUCUAUGUGUUCAUUAAGAUAAGAGUGCAGUGUUGACAUAGCUUUUCCAUAUAUAUGGGCUCUAGAAGUAUCCACCACUAUUUGAGUGGCAAAACUCAUCCACACAUUUUUGUUGCCCAGGAACACAACAUAAUUGUUCAGUAGGGGAAAAAAACACUAUUGCUUCGUUCUUUGAACUAGAAGCUGGGGUGUUGUAUCCUAGCAGGGAUGCAGUUUUGUUGAAUAUGAUCCUAUGACAUAAAAUAAUGGUUGUGAUCAAUCCUCAAUUGACUUAGCAGAAAAAAUAAGUGGUAUGAUUUUCUGCAGCCGACAUGAGAAUUCAGGCAUGCAAACUUGACUUGUUUACAGUUGAGCAGGUAAUGGUAUCAAGCAAGCUUGAAUUCUGCUUCCACUAUUAAAUUGUUUUUACUACA